CGCGGCCCCUCCGCGGGCGGGGGCGCGGGAGGCGCCGCCGCCGGCCGCAGGGGCGCCGCGGAAGCGGGCGAUGCUGAUCACCCGGGGCACGCGCGGCGACGUGCAGCCCUUCGUGGCGCUGGCGCGGGGCCUGGUGCUGCACCACGGCUGCGAGGUGACCAUCGUCACGGAGGUCUGCUGGAAGCAGUUCGUGAAGGACGCCCGGCGGACGCUGCCGCCCGGCAGCGUGCUGCGGUUCCUCCCCAUCGGGGGGGACACCACCAGAAAGCUGCAGGAUGGCAUUACGCAGCUGUUCCUGAGGAACGGCCAGGACUGGGACGCGCUGCAGGCGCUCAUGUUCUCCCGGUCGGAGGUGGAGUUCUUCCCCAGCGAGGGGUGCAUCCACCACUGGGCCCGCGUGGAGCGGCCCGACUUCAUCGUCUUCGGCUUCACGCUCGUCCACGUCGCGAUGAUCAUCUCCGAGUCCCUGCAGAUACCGAUCGUUGGCUUCAUCUUCCAGUGGACGCAGGAGAUCGAGCCCCGCGCAAACCCCGACACGCUCGUGGACGAGAUCGUGGGCCCCAUGCGGCUCGCGCUCAACGCCUCGGCCUUCAACUCCGUGCUCCGGCAGGUGAUGGAGCGGAUCCCGAGCAGGACGACGCCGACCCUGAACGCCCUCCGCACCACGAGGGGGCUGGCGCCGUGCCCCGGGGACAUCAGCGCCUCGAGCUACCAGGACCGCGAGCUGCGGCACCAGCAGAUCCCGCGCAUCGUCCCCGUGUGCCCCGCAGUGCUCGGCGGCCAGGCCCACGCCCGGGAGAUGGCGGGGCUGACGCUCACGGACUUCGUCUUCCUGAGGCAGGAGACCGACGGCCUGGACUCCGAGGUGGAUCAGUUCAUCGGGGCCGCCCGUGAGAAGGGCCGCAAGAUCGUGGUGGUCACGUUCUCGUCCAUGCCGGUGGGCGAGCAGGGCGUCCUGAGGCUCGCGGCCCACGUGUGCAGGUGCUGCGUGCCCCCCCCCGAGGGGCUCGAGCGGCACCGCCGGCCCGCGGUCAUCGCCCUGGUCGGCGGGCAGGAGCACGACCCCGCGGCGGAGGGGCUGCUGGAGGAGUGCAGGGGCCUCGAGGCCGAGGGGCGGCUCCUGAGGCUGAGCCGCGCCGUGUCCUUCGGCAGCCUCUUCCCGCGCGUGGACGCCGCAGUCCUCCACGGCGGGCUCGGUGUCACCUCGGAGGCGCUGCGCGCAGGGAUCCCCGUCAUCACCAGCGGGAUCCUCCUCAUGGACCAGCGGUACUGGGCGGCGCGCAUCUCCGAGCUGGGGUGCGGCCCGAGGGGCGUGCCGUUCGCGCAGCUGCUCCGGUCGGGCAGCCCGCGCGAGGACGGACAGCCUCGGUCCCUGGUCGUCGAGCUCCUCGAGAAAGCGCUGGCUCCAGCGAGCGAGGGCUCGUGGUCGGCCAAGGCCGCAGAGCUGAAGCAGAAGCUUGGGGACUCAGACGGUGUGGAGGAGAAUGCCCGCGCGGUCUUCGAGGCCGGCGCGGUGCGGCCCCAGCAGGUGACGCGGGCGUACAUGCAGAGGUGCAGGUGCGUGAGGACCUGGACUCGGCAGGUCAGCUGUGGCGUGAGCUGCGUUGUGGGCUGUUUCAUGCGAUGGCUCCUCUGCUCACAGGUGCCCGCCUGUCUAAGGCUUCCCCUGUCGUGUGCCCGCCGCUGCAUCUGCCGUCCGCUCCGGCGUCUCUGCUUCCGCUGCUUCUCCCUCCUGUACUCGCGGGCCAGCGGCGCGGUCGACCCGCUGCUACCCAGCGACAGCUUUGUCAACCAACAGGGCGAUGAUUUUGAUUCUCGUCUGAAUUCCUUUGCCAACCCGUGACCUCCAGAAGCGGUACGCGGGGAGCAUUGAUCUGCGCCGCAUCACAGGUAAGAUUCGCUCGCAGAAGCGAAGUUACUUUGUGUAUGUAUGUGUGUGUGUGUGUGUGUGUUUAGUGUCUCACUGAUUUGCACCUGCAUGUGUGACGAUGCGGGACUCUAGCUGGGAUGCUCAUUUGGUAGGCGUGAACCAUUGUCGCCUGUUGGGAGCUCUGCGCAGUUCACGCAGGACAGAUACAAUAUCGGUUUCAGCCCAGCACAUUCCUUAAGUUAGUGGGAUGCUCACGCCAUGCCAUACCUGAUAUUGGAACCAGCCAGACUAGCUGAGGCACUCAGGUUGAGCGAAUUACUGAUGCCAAUUCGUCACUGGCCCUUGGCCCUAGGCGUUCUCACAAAAUUCGGUACUCAGAGUGAAAUACUGGCAGUGGUUGCAACAGACAUGAUUAUGAUUGGCGCUCCGCAUAUCCCCAUCAACCCAGGAGAGGGGGUAGUGGGAAUGGUAGGUCCCUCCCCGAACGGGUUGAAAGAGGAGGCGCGCUAAAUCAUGUACACCUAUGCUCAGAGGGCUGGCUGGAUUUCAGCAUUACAGUUCACGCAACACGCAUGCACCAUUUGAUGCCAUCGAUUGUUCAACGCAUGCGGACGUGCACUGCGUGCACGGUGUUUUCAUGCUUCGUUGCGCGAGCUCCGUAGUUCCUGGCCGCAGCUACGGCCACACGACGUCAUUUGUAUGCAUGUGGCCGCGUCUGCUUGGCCACCACUGAAUCUAGGCCGUGUUGGCGUUCUCGUGGGGCCCUCUGAGACCGUCGGGGGAUCGGGGACCGG